CGCUUCUUCUUCCUUUACUUCUCUUCCUCCUCCUCCUCCUCCUCCUCCUCCUCCUCUUCUUCUUCUUCCUCGGCUUUUGGAGCCUCUCAGCCGGACUUCCCCCCAGGACUGAUCCCUGGAACCCAUUGGAUUACCGGAUCCCCCUCGGAGCCCUCGCCUGCUUGGAAGGGGCGGCGGGAGAGAGGGCUGCGCCGGGACCCGGCCGGCUGUCCGCCUGAAGCAUGGCCUCCUCCUCCUCCUCCUCCUCCUCCUCCUCCGCCUGGCGCCUGCUGGCCCUGGCCCUGGCCUUGGCCGCUCCGCUGCAGGGGGUCUGUGGCUCGGGGGUCUUCCAGCUGGAGCUGCGCGAGUUCCUGAACGGCCGGGCGGCCUUGGCCAGCGGGGAGCUCUGCCGGGGCGGCUGCCGCACCUUCUUCAGGGUCUGCCUGAAGCACUUCCAGCUGGUCAUCUCCCCGGAAGGCUGCACCUUCGGCAGCCUGGUCACCCCGGUCCUGGGCACCAACUCUUUCGCCGUCCCCGCCGCCAGCAGCGCCCAGGGCCCCGGCAGCCCCCUCCAGCUGCCCUUCAACUUCACCUGGCCGGGCACUUUCUCGCUGAUCAUCGAAGCCUGGCACGCUCCUGAAGGUUACCAUCCAGCAGGUUCUGAGCCCCCAGCCAAGAAAUGGCUGAUCAGCCAAAUGGCCAUCAAACGCUCAUUGGCAGUGGGCGAGGACUGGUCCCAGGAUGAGCAGAGCAAUGAUCAGGCCAAGCUCCGAUACUCCUACCGGGUUGUCUGCAAUGAACACUACUAUGGCGACAAUUGCUCCCGUCUCUGCAGGAGCCGAGAUGACCACUUUGGACACUACAUCUGUGGACCUGAUGGCAGCAUCGCAUGCAUGCCAGGAUGGACUGGGAACUAUUGCACUGAAGCUAUCUGUCUAGCUGGUUGUCCAAAGAAAAAUGGAUUUUGCCAAAAUCCAGGAGAGUGCAUAUGCCGCAGCGGUUGGCGAGGCCGUUAUUGUGAUGAAUGCAUUCCUCAUGUAGGUUGCCGACAUGGAACCUGUACAACACCAGGGAAGUGCAUAUGUGAUGAAGGAUGGGGAGGCCUCUUCUGUGAUCAAGAUCUGAACUACUGCACCCAUCAUAGACCCUGUAAAAAUGGAGCGACUUGCAUGAAUACUGGCCAGGGAAGUUACACGUGUUCCUGCAAAGAAGGGUUUACUGGCAUUGACUGCGAACGGAAUAUCAGUGUAUGUGACAGUAACCCCUGCAAGAAUGGAGGAAGUUGCACGGAUUUAGGGAAAGAUUACAAAUGUACAUGUCCCCGAGGAUAUGAUGGGGUCAGCUGUGAGCACAGUGCCUUGACUUGUGUUGAUUCUCCGUGUUUUAAUGGUGGCACAUGCCUGGAAAGGGAACAAGGAACCAGCUAUGCUUGCCUGUGCCCUGUGGGCUUUACAGGAUCUAACUGUGAGAAAAAAGAAGACAGGUGCACCAACAAUCCUUGUGCUAAUGGUGGGCAGUGUUUUGUGUUGGGCCAGCAACAUGUGUGUAUCUGCCGUCCUGGCUUCUCUGGACAGAAAUGUGAGAUCAACAUCAGCAAGUGCUCCAGAAAUCCAUGCUCCAAUGGAGGAUCUUGUCAUGACCUUUUGAAUACACAUGAUUACACAUGUACUUGUUUGCCAGGCUUCACUGGUAGAAAUUGUGAUAUAAGAACUAGAGAUGGAUGUGCCUCUGGGCCAUGCCAGAAUGGAGGAACAUGCUACGUUGGGCUUUAUGCUCCCAGUUUUGCCUGCCACUGUCCCCCUGGUUUUGGGGGCAGCCAGUGUGAAUUUGCAGUAUAUCCUUUCACAAAGCCAGAGCUUCCUAAACCAGUUCCAUGGGUGGCUAUAUCCAUGGGUGUUGGGCUAGUGGCUCUCCUCGUCCUGUGCUGCAUGAUUGCAAUCGUCAUCCGGCAGAUGCAGAGGCAGCCAGAGCAGAACUCUGAAGCCAUGAACAACCUGUCUGACUUCCAGAAGGAAAAUCUCAUCCCAGCCUCUCAGCUUAAAAACACCAAUAAAAAUAAAGACCUCGAAGUAGACUGUGUGCUGGAAAAAUCAAAUUACAAACUGAAGAAUCACACAUUGGAUUAUAACCUGGUGAAGGAACUGACAAGUAGAGGGAUUCAGGAAGACAAAUACCAUAAAAGUGAAAAAUGUAUAGGAGAGAAAUCACCCUUCUGGUUACACAGUGAAAAGCCAGAAUGUAGAAUAUCAGCAAUAUGCUCCCCAAGGGAUUCCAUGUACCAGUCUGUCUUUGUGAUAACCGAAGAGCGAAAUGAGUGUGUUAUAGCCACAGAGGUAUAAGAAUGAAGGCUGCUCAUUUUGCACCUCGGUUUUUGAGGUGCCACAAGGUGGACAUUCCCGCUACAUUGUUUACAAUUCAGAAUUGGAUUGGACCUUUAAUUUUUUAUUAAUUAUAUGCAAUUUGCUGCUCUCAGGAGGAGGAGAGAUGAAAAUGGGUGAACUGGACAGACUGUGAAUUUAAAAGCUGCAAUACACCUUUUGUUUCCUGUUUCCUUAUUUUGAAGCCUGAUCGGAGGAAUGUAACUGACUACAGGGACGAGAGAGGAAGAGACUGUAUCUCUUUCUAGCCUUUGAAAUUGCAUUGCUGCCAGUUGCUCAUGAACAGUUGUAUGACUUUCCAGAACUUCAGUUUGGGAGGUGCCAGUCAAUGCAGAAGGCACUCAGCCAUCAUCACAGAGCCUACCAGCAAUACUGUGAGAAGAAUGAAUGAAGAAACCCGUUUUUCUAUGCAGAAAAUGGAUACAGAAUAAAUGAAGUCACCAUUUUUUCUGGAUUUGAAAGUGCCUAAAGCGUGUCUGAGAAUCUAGAGAGCCCAAAUCAAGGCAUAACUGCCUCCCCCCCUAACUUGCAGUACCCCAACAGUAUUGGCCAGAAGUGGCAACCAAUACCUUUUGUUGAUCCUCCCUUUUCCAGCCCCUUUCCCUUCCAUGUAUCGCUCACAGACAGUGUAAGGAAAGAUUAAGCAUUUCAUUGCUUAACGAUGAUGAUUAUGCUUUGGUGAACUAAGCUGUAAGUUAGAAUUUGUUCUUAUUAUUGAACCAUAGGAACAUCUGUGGACUUAAAUGGGGGGGGAAAAGAGGAUACUUCUCCAAAACAUGAGGAAACUUAAUUCCAUGAUCAAUGAAAGCCUUACAAGUGCGUUUAAAAUCAAUCAGCUUUUUAAUGCCUUUUGCACUACUAGUCACCAUGAAUAGAAGUAUGUUUCUUUGUAUGCAUAAGAAAGGACUUGGAUUUGUGUUAGAUAUCUCAGUCUGGUGCCACCAUAAUAAUUGCAAACAAUUUCAGACAGGGAAGUGUUAUAAGCCCUGCCUUAAUAUCUGUUGCUACAGAACAACCAUCACUACAAAUCCAUCCCUUCCCCCGAAGUCUAGCAAAGACUAAGCUAUGAAAGGGGACUUCUUCAGAGAUUAUACUGUGUGGAAAACUUUAAAUCUCUUGCUCUGGCGUGCUUGUCCAUUCCUUCACAGUACUACGAGGAAAGGAUUAACUUUAAACUUUUGAGUCCAAAGGAGCAGCUCUGAAAUGGAAAACUGUGCACAAAGACUCUCUUAUGCAUUUACAGCAAUAAUAAUAGACAUUUCAGAUAGGAAGUGCUAUGAUGUUUAUAGUGAUAAACAAGUACUGUGGGAAACAAAAUGUGGCGGAAGCCGAGAGAGGAAGCCAGUUUUCAUUCAAGGAAGCUGGGAUUGUACUUUCUGUGGAGGAAAAGCAAUGUUCCUGACCUUGUAAAUCCCAGCAUUGGAUUAGUCCACCUACAGCCUUGAAUUGUGCAAGCAAGAUCUUGCUUGGAAUGUUCACUACAGACCUUCUGGUCUGGCAAUUCAAGACCUUUAUGGAGACAACCUUCAGAAAUCAAUAAUAUGGUUUAUACUAGUGUCUGUUUGUAGUUUAUUUUGAAGUCUAGUAUUUCAGUAAUUUAAAAAGAGAAUCAGAAGCACUGAACUUUCUACGUUUUAUAACAUUAUUUUGUAUAUAAUGUAUAUUUAUAAUCAAAAACAGAAGUGUAAAUAUGUUUAUUACUUAUGUAAUGUUUUUAUGUGAUGAAAAAAGUUUGAAUUUUAUUUUUUUUUCAAAUAAUGAAAAUACCUUCC